AGCAGUUCGCCUAGAUCCGCAUUAAACUAGUCUAUCUCCAGCAAUUUAUGGUUCACGGCUUUGAACUAAAUAAGCCGCCUCCCGCGUGUCCACCCCUCUUGCCUCUGCUCCCUUUGUCCACUUGCCGCCUCUCCCCGUACUCCUACCAACUCUUCUCGUCGUCGGCGGCGGCUUCGUCCGGCUCACCGGCCGCUGCAUCUCCCUUUGUGUCUUAGUUAGUUUAAUCCCAUUUACAAAUCUUACGUGGUGAACUGAUCAAUUAUUAGUUGAGCUGAGCUGAGCUUAUAAGUAGCAGCUGCUCUGAUCUGCUCAGCUCGCUUCAUCACCUUCCACUCAGUCAAUCGCAGCGAGAAGCCAAGAAGCACUCAACCACGCGCUGUUCGUCAUGGCGAGGGUACAGCUCUGGGUGGCCGCCGCGUGCGCCGUCGUGCUCGCGCUCGCCGCGCCCUCGCUCGCCGGCGACCCCGACAUGCUCCAGGACGUCUGCGUCGCCGACUUGGCGUCCCCGGUGAAGCUGAACGGGUUCCCGUGCAAGGCGAACGUGACGGCGGACGACUUCUUCUUCGCGGGGCUGAAGAACCCCGGCAACACCAACAACCCGGCGGGGUCGAACGUGACGGCGGCGAACGUGCAGUCGUUCCCGGGGGUGAACACGCUGGGCGUGUCUAUGGCGAGGAUCGACUACGCGCCGGGGGGACAGAACCCGCCGCACACGCACCCGCGCGCCACCGAGAUCAUCUUCGUCCUCGAGGGCGUCCUCGAGGUGGGCUUCAUCACCACUGCCAACAAGCUCUUCACCAAGACUGUCACCGCCGGCGAGGUCUUCGUCUUCCCGCGCGGCCUCGUCCACUUCCAGCAGAACCGCGGCCACGGCCCCGCCGCCGUCAUCGCCGCCUUCAACAGCCAGCUCCAGGGCACCCAGGCCAUCGCCGCCACGCUCUUCGCCGCCGCGCCGCCCGUGCCGUCCGACGUCCUCGCCAAGGCCUUCCGCGUCGACGUCCCGCAGGUGGACGCCAUCAAGGCCAAGUUCAAGUGAUCGUAGCCGGCCGCCGUCGAUCUCCCAUCAUUUUCUGCAUUUUCUUUCAUCAACAAAACCAUCUGAUCUACUCAUUUGAUUUGGUUACGGAAUAAUUUUAGUGGAUACUGUCUGUAGCGUGCAGUUGAUUUCUUCCGUUUGUAAAUCUGUUUGCAUUUGUUAAUUUGCCUUGGAAAUAAGACUUGUUCCGUUUUGUGUGGACUAA